AUGGCUGCCCCGACCUAUAUUCGAUCGAAUUCUGAAUCAACAUUUCGUGAUGGGGCGUCUUCGUUGCGAGAUGAAUCGGAGCUUCACUAUGCUGGGCUUCGCCGGAAACGUCUUUGCGCUUUGCUGGGUUGCCUCGCGCUACUUUCAUUAAUAACGAUUUUCGUUACAGUGAUGAAUUUCAUGAUUAUUACAACCCUACAAAUGGACAAACACGGAAUGAGAUUUUUGAAGUUCCAUGAUGUUUGGAAUCCAAGCACAAAGAGCUCAGAUAAGGUGGUUCAAUUUGGGGGUUCUGAGAUUGAUCUCGGAGAAGUGGUUGCUAUGACCGGAAAGGUGGCUGGCCAUACAGAUUCGGAUAUGCAUUUGCAAGGCAGUCGGGUUGAAUCCAAAUCCGGGAGGCCUCUGUUUUCGGCCCAGCAGCCGCUUGUGACAAUUGAUUGGCGCAUCAAAAAGUUGAGCGCGAAUAAAAUUGUGACGAAUAAGGUGCGGUCUCCGGUAGAUGAGAGAUUGAACAUUACCGUCGAGAAUAUUUCUCUACGCGGUAAUGAAGCGGUUCGAUUGGAAUCUCAUCGGAUUAGGCUGCAGGCUGACAAGGGGUCGCUUGGCUUUAACACAUCGGUCGAUGGAUCGAUCCAUAUGCAUGGGAAAGUGGCGAUCGGGAAUUUACAACGGGAAUUUCCGCUUUCACAAUCGCCCGCCCUAGCAGCUUCGGUUGACGCAUACAGGGUCUGCAUUUGCGGUGGCGGUAAACCUCGGCUAUUCCUGGUACCUGGCAACAAGCCUUGCUUUGCAACUUUUGACAUCUGC